CCGCUGAACUGUCAAAAACCUUAAUAAUUUGCCAUGGCCAAGUCUAAGAAUCAUACAAAUCACAACCAGAACAAGAAGGCGCAUCGCAAUGGCAUUAAGCGACCGAUGCGUAAGCGCCACGAAUCCACCUUGGGUAUGGAUGUGAAAUUCCUGAUCAACCAGCGUUAUGCACGCAAGGGCAAUCUGUCGCGUGAGGAGGCAGUGAAACGCUACAAUGAACGCGUUGCUGCCCAGGCUGGCAAGCCCAAGCCCGUUGCUUUGUAAAUUCCUUACAAGAUUUGAACUUUUUAGCGAGAAAGUCGGGUCGAGUAAUGAAUAAAGAAAAACAUUUUUACUAAAUACAAAAGUAAAA